AUGACGCAUGCCCAAACAACAACAUUAGCCCAAACAACAACACUAGCCCAAACAACAACACUAGCUCAAACAACAACACUAGACAAAAUAAUAACAAUAGCCCAAACAACAACACUAGCUCAAACAACAACACUAGCUCAAACAACAACACUAGCUCAAACAACAACAUUAGCCAAAACAACGACAUUAGCACAAACAACAACACUAGCUCACACAACAACACUAGCCAAAACAACAACAUUAGCCCAAACAACAACAACACUAUCCCAAACCACAACACUAGAUCAAACAACAACACUAGCCAAAGCAACAUUAGCCCAAACAACAACAACAACACUAGCCCAAACAACAACUCUAGUUCAAACAACAACACUAGCCCAAGCAACAACACUAGCACAAACAACAACACUAGCCAAAACAACAACAUUAGCCCAAACAACAACACUAGCCCAAACAACAUCACUAGCCCAAACAACAACAUUAGCCCAAACAACAACAACAAUACUAGCCCAAACAACAACACUAGCUCAAACAACAACACUAGCCAAAACAACAACAUUAGCCAAAACAACAACACUAGCCCAAACAACAUUACAAAUAACAACAUCAACUCAAGCAAUAAUACAAAUAACAACACUAUCGCAAACAACAAUACAAGCUACAACACUAAUUCAAACAACAACACCGGUACAAACUACAACACCACCACAUAUAAUAUUGGUAGAAACAACAACAAUACCAACACAAACAACAGUAUGA